GGUAUAUAGCAUAAGCUACUGUGCACAAAACUGUCUUUCCAUCAUCCCUUCCAGCUUGACCGUCCAUCAUUACCGAGUGACAUUCGAGCAAGAUAGAACUACAGGUGUGAGGUGAAACAGGAUGACCGAGAUAUCUCUCCGGGGUCAGAACAAAACAGCCGUGUUUCUCGGAGGAACACAAGGUAUGGGUGCUGCUUGUGCUAGAUUACUGGCAAAGUUGGGAUGCAGCGAUAUCGUCUUGGUUGGUAGAAGUGAAAUCAAAGGGGAAGAACAGGUGAAAAAGAUACUUGAGAUUAAUAAUGAAGUGAAAGUGGUUUUCGUAAAGGCUGACAUGGGGACUCUGAAAGGGAUGAGAACAGCUGCGGAGGAUAUAAUAUCAGUGGUGGAAAAGAUUGAUUAUUUGGUCAUGACACAAGGAGGUACACCUUCCAUGACUCAUUUGGAAAAUGAAGAUGGAAACGACCCAGGUUUUUCCGUCCAAGGUAUCUCACGAUUCGUCUUACCUUACCUACUCAUCAAGUCUUCCGCUUUAAACCCAGGAGCUACCAUCUUGAGUAUAUGUAACGUCGGUCAAACUCUACCCACCUUGACGGUUGAUGAUCUCAAUUUGAAGCAGAAUAAUAGAGGUGUACUAGGUUUCUUCAUGGAUGAAUCCAAGAGGGAUAGUUGUGUUAUCGAUGGUGUUUUCUUAGAAGGACAAAUUCGAUAUCCAGAAUACAGAUGGGUACAUCAAUUCCCAGGUUUGGUACGGAAUGAAACCUUUGACGUUGAUAAAUUCCCUUUCCCUAUAAAUUGGGUAUUUUGGAUGGCUUUACCAUUCUCACCUAACCCCGAUGGUUUCGCUCCUAAUCCUAUCAACCUCUUACUCGACAAGGAUAAAUACACCGACCACUUUUAUAAUCGUAAAAACAAGGUGAUCCAACCUGGUGAUUGGGCCAAGAACGGGGAUAACAGGAAAGCGUUAUGGGAAAAGUUGGUAGGGAUGGUAUGACCCCUUCAAGCUGCCAGUAUGAGCUGUCUCUUUCUGAGGCAAUCGGAUACAUGAUCUUGAUGGUAUGACAGGUUUAUACUAUCUAACUAGUGG